AUGGCUGACAGAACAGCUCCGAACUGUCAUCUGCGACUGGAGUGGGUUUACGGCUACCGGGGCCACCAGUGCCGCAACAACCUGUACUAUACGGCCGCCAAGGAGAUCGUCUACUUCGUCGCCGGCGUCGGAGUUGUGUACAACACACGGGAACACAAGCAGAAAUUUUAUUUGGGACACAACGAUGACAUAAUCAGUUUAGCGCUGCAUCCAGAGCGAGUGCUAGUGGCCACAGGACAGGUGGGCAAGGAGCCGUAUAUCUGUGUGUGGGACUCAUACACUGUACAGACCGUGUCGAUUCUGAAGGACUUGCACACCCAUGGUAUCGCCUGUCUUGCCUUCGACCUAGAUGGUCAGCGUUUGGUGUCUGUGGGUUUGGAUUCUAAGAACACAAUCUGUGUGUGGGACUGGAGACGGGGGAAAGUUCUGGCUACUGCUCCUGGCCAUACAGACCGGAUAUUUGACAUAUCAUGGGACCUGUAUCAGCAAAGCAAGCUGGUGAGCUGUGGAGUCAAACAUAUAAAGUUUUGGAGUCUUUGUGGGAACGCUCUGACCCCUAAGCGUGGCAUGUUUGGGAAGACCGGAGACCUGCAGACAAUCCUUUGUCUGGCCUGCGCGAGAGAUGAGAUCACAUAUUCAGGUGCCUUGAACGGUGACAUCUACGUCUGGAAGGGAAUCAAUUUAAUCCGGACAGUUCAAGGGGCUCAUGGGUCAGGGAUUUUCAGCAUGAACCCUUGUGAGGAAGGCUUUGCCACUGGAGGCAGGGAUGGCUGCAUCCGGUUAUGGGACAUGAACUUUAAACCCAUCACCGUCAUUGACCUCAGGGAAACAGACCAGGGAUAUAAGGGCCUGUCUGUGCGCAGUGUGUGCUGGAGAGGGGAUCAUAUUCUGGUGGGCACACAGGACAGUGAGAUUUUUGAGGUGGUGGUACAUGAUCGCACCAAGCCCUUCCUCAUCAUGCAGGGUCACUGUGAGGGCGAGCUGUGGGCCCUUGCAGUUCAUCCAACAAAACCCCUUGCCAUGACUGGCAGCGAUGACCGAUCUGUCCGGAUCUGGAGUCUCGUAGAUCAUGCCCUCAUAGCACGUUGCAACAUGGAGGAGCCUAUACGUUGUGCAGCCGUUAGUACGGAUGGUAUUCACCUGGCUCUUGGCAUGAAAGAUGGAUCCUUCACAGUACUGAGAGUCAGGGAUAUGACGGAGGUGGUGCACAUAAAGGACCGCAAGGAGGCCAUCCAUGAACUGAAGUACUCCCCUGAUGGAGCGCAUCUAGCUGUAGGCUCUAACGAUAACUCAGUGGACAUCUACGGCAUUGUGCAGCGCUACAAGAAGGCAGGCGAAUGUAUGGGUUCCAGCAGUUUUAUCACACACAUGGACUGGUCCACUGACAGCAAGUACCUUCAGACAAAUGACGGCAAUGGUAGACGGCUCUUCUACAGAAUGCCCAGUGGUAAGGAAGUGACUAACAGGGAGGAACUGAAGCUUGUCCAGUGGUCUUCAUGGACUUGUGUCCUCGGGCCGGAAGUAAACGGGAUCUGGCCCAAGUAUUCUGAUUUCAACGACAUCAACUCUGUAGAUGCCAACUUCAGUAGUCAAGUUUUAGUUACCGCUGACGAUUAUGGAUUACUUAAAUUAUUUCGGUACCCUUGUGUAAGAAAAGGUGCAAAAUGUAAAAAAUAUUUAGGACAUUCAGCACACAUAACCAACGUUAGAUGGUCACAUGAUUAUCAGUGGGUGAUUACGAUUGGUGGAGCUGAUCACUCAGUGUUUCAGUGGAAGUUUGUCCCUGGAAGGAAGUUAAAAGAAACUCUUCACAUAGUUCCUCAAGAGACAUUGGUCGACUCACACAGCGAGGAAUCUGACUCAGAACAGUCAGACGUGCCUGAGAUGGACUCUGAAAUCGAACAGGAAACACAGCUUACAUACCGGCGACAGGUUUACAAAGAAGAUCUACCUCAGCUUAAAGAGCAGUGUAAAGAGAAGCAUCGUGCCAUGACCAUGAAGAAGAGGGAAAAAGCUCCAGCCAGUGGAAUGAGGUUGCACUUUAUCCAUGGUUACAGAGGUUAUGACUGCAGGAGUAACCUCUUCUACACUCAGACUGGUGAGAUUGUGUAUCAUGUGGCUGCUGUGGGUGUGGUGUACAAUAGACAGCAGAACACACAACGCUUUUACCUGGGACAUGAUGAUGACAUUCUUUGUCUGGCCAUACACCCUGUCAAAGACUAUGUAGCCACAGGCCAGGUGGGCCGAGAUUCUUCCAUUCAUAUUUGGGAAACAGAAUUUUUAAAGCCGAUGUCUGUUCUUAAAGGAUUUCACCAGUUUGGAGUGUGUGCACUUGACUUCUCAGUGGAUGGGAAAAGACUAGCUUCAGUGGGUCUGGAUGACAAUCAUACCAUCGUCUUGUGGGAAUGGAGGAAAGGAGAGAAGCUGUCUACCAUUUGGGGAAGUAAGGAAAAAAUAUUUGUCAUUAAAAUCAACCCGUACAUGCCAGACAAACUGAUCACAGCUGGAGUGAAACACAUAAAGUUUUGGCAUAGAGCAGGGGGUGGACUGAUUGGGAAGAAGGGCAGCAUGGGAAAAACUGAGACCAUGAUGUGCGCUGUGUAUGGCUGGACGGAAGAAAUGGUGUUCUCUGGAACCUGCACCGGAGAUAUUUGUAUCUGGAGAGAUAUGUUCUUAGUAAAAACGGUCAAAGCUCACGACGGGCCUGUUUUCAGCAUGCACGCCCUGGAGAAGGGCUUUGUUACUGGUGGAAAAGAUGGUAUAGUGGCUUUGUGGGAUGACACAUUUGAGAGAUGCCUCAAGACGUAUGCCAUCAAAAGAGCGGUGUUGGCCCCAGGCUCAAAAGGUUUGCUUUUAGAGGACAACCCCUCCAUUCGUGCCAUAUCGUUGGGUCAUGGACACAUUCUUGUAGGAACAAAGAACGGAGAGAUUCUGGAGGUUGACAAAAAUGGACCCAUCACACUUCUGGUUCAGGGUCACAUGGAGGGCGAGGUGUGGGGUCUUGCCACUCACCCUCAUCUACCGUUGUGUGCCACUGUGAGUGACGAUAAGACUCUGCGCAUAUGGGACCUCUCACCCAGCCACUGCAUGCUUGCUGUACGCAAACUCAAGAAAGGAGGGCGAUGUUGCUGCUUCUCUCCAGAUGGGAAAGCUCUGGCGGUGGGACUCAACGAUGGCAGCUUUCUCAUUGUUAAUGCAGAGACUCUGGAGGACCUGGUGUCGUUUCAUCAUCGCAAAGACAUCAUAUCAGAAAUCCGCUUCUCUCCUAUAACAGGCAAGUAUUUGGCCGUGGCAUCAGGCGACAGCUUUGUGGAUAUAUACAACGUGAUGAACAGCAAGAGAGUCGGUGUUUGUAAAGGCUCCAUGAAUUAUAUCACCCAUCUGGACUGGGACAAGAGAGGGAAGCUUUUGCAGGUCAACACCUCAGCGAAGGAGCAGCUAUUUUUCGAGGCCCCUCGUGGAAAGAAGCAAAGCAUUCCUACCACCGAGGUGGAGAAGAUUGACUGGAGCACAUGGACAUGUGUGCUGGGAAGUUACUGUGAGGGGAUCUGGCCUGUGGUCAGUGAAGUUACUGAAGUAAUGGCUGCAUGUCUCAGCAAUGAUAAGAAGUUGCUAGCUACUGGGGAUGACCUUGGAUAUGUCAAGCUCUUCAAGUAUCCAGUCAAGGGAAAGUAUGCAAAGUUCAAACGGUACAUGGCCCACAGUACCCAUGUGACUAAUGUGCGCUGGUCACAUGACGACUCUCUGCUGGCAUCUGUCGGUGGCUCUGACACCUGUUUGAUGAUCUGGAGUCAUGAGAGUGAGGGCUGUCGAGAGGCCAGACAGUGUGACAGCGAGGAGUCAGACAUCGAGAGUGAGGAUGAUGGAGGGUACGACAGUGAUGUAACCCGAGAGAAUGAGAUAAUUUAUGUAAUCAAGGCCUUAUCUACAAACAUGCGACCCAUGACUGGGGUCAAACCCCACUUACAACAGAAAGAGCCAUCAGUAGAUGAAAGGCAGGGCAUGGUCAGGGGCUCCAGACCCCCAGUGAGCAGGGCUCCACCAAUGCCAGAGAAACUACAGACCAACAACGUGGGCAAGAAAAAGAGACCCAUUGAGGACCUAGUGCUUGAGCUGGUGUUUGGUUAUCGAGGCAACGACUGCCGUAACAAUGUGCAUUACCUUAAUGAGGGGGCGGAUAUCAUCUACCACACGGCCUCAGUAGGGGUCGUGCUAAACUUAACGACAGCAAGUCAGAGUUUCUAUGUAGAACACAGUGAUGAUAUUCUGUGCCUGACUAUUAAUCAGCACCCAAAGUUCCCCAAUGUGGUGGCAACUGGCCAAGUAGGUGAUGCUGGUGAUAUGUCUGCCACAUCUCCUUCUAUCCACGUGUGGGAGGCCAUGAACAAACAGACUCUUUCUGUGCUCCGCUGCCAUCAUUCUCGGGGCGUCUGCUCUGUCAGCUUCAGUGCCACUGGCAAACUGCUGCUUUCUGUGGGUCUGGACCCCCAGCACACCCUCACUAUCUGGAAGUGGCAAGAAGGUGCCAAAGUAGCAAGUCGGGCCGGUCACACCCAGCGGAUUUUUGUGGCAGAGUUCCGACCUGAUUCAGACACUCAGUUUGUGUCAGUGGGGAUAAGGCAUGUGCAUUUCUGGUCACUGGCCGGCAGGGCUCUCCUCAGUAAGAAAGGAGUGCUCAGCUCCAUUGAGGACGCUCGCAUGCAGACUAUGCUUUCAGUGGCAUUUGGAGCUAAUAACUUGACAUUUACAGGUACCAUUAGUGGGGAUGUGUGUGUGUGGAAGGAACACAUUCUAGUGAGAAUUGUGGCUAAAGCUCACACUGGACCUGUGUUCACCAUGUACACCACAUUACGAGAUGGGCUUAUUGUCACAGGAGGCAAAGAACGACCGUCUAAGGAGGGAGGUGCACUGAAACUGUGGGAUCAGGAGUUGAAGCGCUGCAGAGCCUUCAGACUGGAGACGGGUCAGAUCAUAGACUGUGUGCGUUCUGUCUGCAGGGGCAAGGGGAAGAUUCUUGUGGGCACCAGGAAUGCUGAGAUCAUUGAAGUUGGUGAGAAGAAUGCAGUGUGUAACAUCCUGGUGAACGGCCACAUGGACGGUCCUAUCUGGGGUCUGGGAGCUCACCCGACCCGAGACGUCUUCUUGUCGGCUGCAGAAGAUGGCACUGUGCGCCUCUGGGACAUUUCAGAGAGGAAGAUGCUGAAUAAAGUGAAUCUUGGUCAUCCUGCACAAACUGUCAGCUACAGCCCAGAGGGCGACAUGGUGGCCAUCGGCAUGAAAAAUGGAGAGUUCAUUAUACUCCUUGUGACCUCACUCAAAAUAUGGGGGAAGAAGAGAGAUCGGCGCUCUGCCAUCCAAGAUAUCAGGUUCAGUCCUGAUUCGCGCUAUCUGGCUGUGGGUUCCAGUGAGAAUGCUGUUGAUUUUUAUGAUCUGACAUUAGGACAGCAGCUCAACCGCUUCAACUGCUGCAGAGAUAUCCCCAGCUUUGUUAUGCAGAUGGACUUUUCUGCUGACAGCUGCUAUGUGCAGUUGUCAACUGGUGCUUAUAAACGUGUUGUCUAUGAGGUGCCUUCUGGAAAGCAAGUCACUGAGCAAGCAUUGAUUGACAGAAUAACCUGGGCCACAUGGACAAGUGUCCUUGGGGAUGAGGUGAUGGGAAUCUGGUCCAGGAACACAGAUAAAGCAGAUGUCACCUGCGCGUGUGUCUCGCACUCCGGCAUCAACAUUGUCACAGGCGACGACUUUGGAAUGGUAAAGCUGUUCGACUUUCCAUGCCCAGAGAAAUUUGUAAGUACCAUGCGUUUUCUGGGCCACUCUGCCCACCUGACCAACAUCCGCUUCACCAGUGGGGAUCGAUAUGUUGUCAGUGCCGGAGGAGACGAUAGAAGCCUAUUUGUGUGGCGAUGUGUCCACACUCCUCAUUGAGGGCAAGCAGUCUUCUCGUCUCCUAUGCAUCAAAACCAUCAUGAGCCGAGCUGACUGCAUGGAGUGAGGAACAUCAGAUAGCAGUCUUCAAACAUCUGUCUUAUUCAUGACCAAGUGCAGGCAUCCUAGGCUUUGUUCAGACUGUGAUCAAAAUACGGCAAAUAUCUUUAUUUUAUUUUUUUUAAAUGCUUUUUUGCCAUAUCCGACUCCAGUCCAAUUAGUUGUUUGUAGUAAAUAAACAACUAAAUAAAUAAAUAAAUAUAUAUGUAUAUAUAUAUCAACUCAAUGUUUACAAACCUUAUCCAAACCAGAUCCAUAUGUGGUGUGAAAUGUGACCGAAUUCAUCAUCAAGGUUUUUUUUUUUUUUUGGUUAUUCGGGCUGUGGCACCUAUAUAACGGCAUAAAAAUGUGCACAAUAUUGUCCGGAGCCAUGUCUUAAUCAGUGUAAUCCAGUUACAAAGUAAUUUGUUACUGUAAUCUAAAUACUUUUUGUUAAAUUCUUGUAAUCAGAUUACAUUUACUGACUUUCAGUUAAUUUAUUUACAUUUGUUUUUGUUUUGUUUCUUCUCUUUUUCUCCAAAUUUGGAAUGUCCAAUUCCCAAUUUGCUCUUAGUCCUCGUGGUGGCAUAGUAACGCCUCAUAGCUGCCUCCGUGUCUGAGACCGUCAACCCACGCAUCUUAUCAUGUGGCUUGUUGUGCGCAUUACUACGGAGAUAUAGCGUGUGUGGAAGAUUCACGCUAUGCUCCGCGGCAUCCACGCACAAGAAGCCACGUGCCCCACCGAGAGCGAACCACAUUAUAGCGAUCACGAGGAGGUUACCCCAUGUGACUCUACCCUCCCUAAUAACCGGCCAAUUUGGAUGCUUAGGAGACCUGAUUGGAGUCACUCAGCACACCCUGGAUUCAAACUUGUGAACUCCAGGGGUGGUAGUCAGCAUCUUUACCAAUGAGCUACUCAGUCCCCCACUUUUAUGUUUUUCAUAUUUGGGUCAAUAAUGUCAAAAAUGCCAUUCAUUCAAAACAAUUCUAAAAAUUAUUUUUUAAAUAGUGGGGCCUGGGUAGCUCAGUGAGUAUUGACUCUGACUACCACUCCUAGAGUCCGGGGUGCUAUGGAGGGUAGAGUCACAGGUCUCCUAAGCAACCAAAUUGGCCCGGUUGCUAGGGAGGGUAGAGUCACAUGGGGUAACCUCAUUGUGGUCGUGAUUAAUGGUUCUCGCUCUCAAUGGGGCGUGUGGUAAGUUGUGCGUGGAUCGCGGAGAGUAGCUUAAGCUUCCACAUGCUGAGAGUCUCCGUUGUGUGAGAUGCACAAUGAGACUUAAUUUAAGUCAAUUUAGGGUUAUACUGAUUUCUGGUAUAUUAUUUAUGUGGAAUACAUGAAUUAUGGCCCCAUAACAAGUCAUUAUGAUGGAGAAAUGUGUGGUGAUGAGUCAUGAAUUGUAUCAAUGAACAAGAAUGAAAUAUAGACGGAAAAGUGUUUUUAGAAAAUAAAUUAUAAGUAAAGAAAUUAGUAAAGUAAUCUGAUUACAAUUUUAGAGAAUAGUCAUUUGAAGUGGAUUACUAUAACACUGGUCACAAUACACUCAUUUCCGCUCACUCAUUAUGAAAUUCAAGUAUGAAUGUGUAAAAUGACAGAGGCAUUUGAACUCUGAACUCUUUUCUGUCCUCUCUUUCAACACUGAUAGCUACUAUCACAUUUACAUCAUUACUUUUUUAGCCAAUGUAGAUACUCCGGAUAUUGAGCACACUGAACAAAUGGAUCAGAUUUCUUCACUUAUGAAAUGAAUGUGUGGACAGUCAGUCCUGUAGAUCAGAUUAAAAAAACGAAUCGGAUUUGUGUGCAGUGUAAACAAAGCCUUAAUGCGCUGGAAGCAGUCAAUACCCAUACCUGAAACCGUUUUUGAAACUUGUUGAAGUUUCCCAAGACAAAACUCUUAAAUGAACUUGUCAGAUGUGUAUGUGUUUACCCCCUAAUUUAAAAAAAACUAAAAAAUCUUGUUACAAGUUCUAGUAUGUCUUUUAUUUUGGAGACUUUCUGUAUCAUAGUUUCUUAGAUUUUCUUCCAAAUGACAAAGAACUUGUAGCAAGCUAAGUACGAUUAGCCUUAAACUACCCGUAUGGUGUUGUUUGUUCAUUUAGGUGUGCUGUUUUUGUUGGAGGUUCCCAUUUUGUAUGAUAACCUGAUUUUUGUUGGAUUUGUUUAUCUGCUGGUUUGGUUUGUUGGUUCUUUUUGAAGAUUCAUAGAUCUCCUGUGGCCUUCUCCCUGAAUGUAACACAUGUGUUAUAUUCUCGGAUGUCAGCAUGCCAAAGCAUUCUAUGCACUGUAUACUUGACCUGCUCACUGUGGUAGUCCAGUGGUCUUUUAACGUUGAAUCUUGAACGUGGUAUUCAAUCAUUAAACCUCAGUCCCCCUAACCAUAGAUGACACUCCUAACCACAUAUGUAGCAACUUUAGCUGUAUUAGUAAACUUGAGAUGUCUGUUUGUGUGUGUAGGUAUGAAUUGUAUGCUAAGUGUUUCUUGUCUGAGAUCAAGUUUAAAAGAAAAAAACAUUAAUGCAAUUCCUCAGAAAAUGAAUUAAAAAAGUUUGUUUCUAUUCUGUCUUAUUCCGAAUCACUGUUCAUCUAGCUGCUGAAGCCUUGAUGAAAUUACAUUUCAUUCUGAUUUGGAAUCAAAGUGUUUUGUUUUUUUUUACGAAUUGUCGAUGCAUGAAAUCUUUCAGUGUGUCAUUCUCAUUGAAAGAGAUGUUUAAUGCAUAUGUUCAUUUUCUUAUCAAUGUAAAUAUCAU